CCUCCCUCAAAAGAUUGUAUCAUCCGUUGGGUACAUGAAGCAGCGUAAAUCACACCGACCGACCACACAUGGAAUAAGCUAAGCUACCACCGGACAAAUGCAUGCCAUCCAUCUACAUCUCAUCACAUAGGCUCCCAGCCCACACGGACGAACAUGUGCGGCUCGGCGGGUGGCUGACUGCAGGCUAGGAUCAGUUAGCACCAUAACACAGCAGAGCACAGGGCCUCUAUCUAUGUCUGGCUACGCUACGGACCUAUCAACCCUACCGCGGUACUCUUACGUACUGCAGCCAGGCCAGGCAGUCGAGCAGACCAGUGGCGCCCGCCCCUUUUUUGUUAUUUAUAUUUGUGUGUCGAGCCACGACUGGAAUACCUCCCAUUUGGCCGUGAAGGAGUCAUCCCCCUCCGCUUCUGACGACCAGGCCGGGUAUUGAUCGUCCCCUGACCAGGUGAUCUGGGUGGCGCCCCCUCGUGCCUUCAUGGUCCAGAGCUCAGAUGUCACGGAGGUGUCCGACUGGUCCUUUGGGAUGGCACGAACGACGCCGAAGAGCACCCCGGAGAUGAGCUCCUGCUCGUCACCCACCUCCGUCGCGGCAAAGAGCGAAUUGUAUCGGAGGUCGCAGCCCGUCCUGCACACAGAGAACACAGACAGCCAGCUAGGCAGACAAAGAUGCAUACGUUCUUGUUUGUCCAUCCAUCCAUCCAUUCUCAUUGAUGGGAUGGCGGUUUCGUGCUCACUCACUUGAUGAAGAGCUCAUCUGCUCCCGUCUCCGCGUCCUGUGUCGUGUGUCAGGGCGGGAUAUAAACACACGGAGACACACACAGCAGUACACAGACCGAGAUACAUGACAUGAAUGACCCAUUCAUUAUUCUGUGUUCUUGAGUGUGUACGAAUGCUUCAAAUGUCCAGCAGCCCUUCGCAAAGCCUGCAGGCUCGAAUGUCACGGGAUUCCGUCGACCUACACCAUACAACAGCUUCUUCUGAGCUGCAACAUAGCACAACAGAACCCAACACGCAGCAUAAGCGAAGAGGCCGGCUCAACACGGAAGCACCUGGCUGAAGCGCUUGACGUCAGUCGGUCUGUCCGUCAGUCUGUCUGUCUGUCUGCGUGUCCUUACUUUCACUUCUGCUGAGUGUGGGAAUGCCGUUAGCGAUGAACGUGUCGUUUCUUGUCCAUAUCGACUCGAGAACAAAUGAGUCCUGGUCCUCCGGGUCCCUUUUGAACUCGAACUUUUGAAUCCCCAGAGGGGAGUCACCCAGCAGCACCGCUAUCAGACUGCGGAAUUGAGGAUCCAGUAGCGACUGCACAUCCACACGAGACACACCAGAUUGACGGCCGAUGGGCUGUCUCUUCUACGUGCUGUGCUGUGCUACUCUUAAGUGUGCGCACUGACUGCAACCGUACGUACGUACAGGUGGAAGGGCAUCGCCGAGUAGUUGCGUGAGGAAUGCAGCCAGCACCUCAAAGAAGGGUUCUGCACCUUCGGCCACCUUAAUGCCCUCGUCAGUCAGGGCGUCAUUCACCACGUACAGGUCCGUGCCGUCGGCUAACACGGACUGGUGAACACACACAAAGGCGACAAACAGACAGAGAGAGGUAGGCAGGUGAGACGUGGAGACAUCCAUCAGGUAGUAUAGCUAGUCAUUCACCUGGUCCGAGAAGGAAGAGAGCCCGUCUGGGAGACCCCCGAAGGUGACCUCCGCAAAAGCAGCAACCGAGCCAUCAUCCGCAUGGUAGACCACCAAUUUCUGUGGAUCUGACCCAUCCGUGAUGACUGCAGGCAGACACAUAGCGACCCGACCAGGUAGAUAGGUAGACAGCUAUGCAGGUAGGCAGUCAUUUCCCUUACCGAUGAAGAGUUCUCCGUCAAGAUCGAUAAUUGUUGGGGAGCUGCCGCUGCCUAUGGGAGUGAUCCUGCCGAUGGCCGGCUCGUCGACGCUCUCGUAAGCCGAUGCCCAUAUCACCUCCAGGACCCCAUCGGUGGGAUCCGCCGACGCUGUGAACUGAAUCCUGAACACCUUGUUGUCUUCACCAUUGCCGGCAGCCGACGCCCCCGUCACGGCAUAGAUGUUGCCCAAUUCAUCCACUGAUAUCGAGUUCGUCACAGCUGUUCGUUCACAUACAAAGUAGCGAAUGUCCACACGUAUCGUAUCUGGCAGUGCAGCUCAUGUGUCGGUCUGCCCGUCUGUCUCGUGGUUGACGGCCGGCUUACCCGGGAGCUCGCCGCCGUCUUCCUCUUGGUCCAAUGCGACGACGUUGGACACCUCCGUAAACGUCUCUGUCUCCCUGUCAAAGCUGAGGACUCCCACCUGGGCCCUGAAUGUGAUGUAGGCCAUCAACAGAGACGACGAGUCCGUGUCCCCGGCAGCAGGGUACAGUGGCACCACCGCAUAAAAUCGGUCGUCCUCUAUGGUCGUAUCCAGCCUGUCGGACCCGUCGAAGAGGAACUCGGCGGCCACUCUGAUAUCGGAGAGAAACUCGCCCUCCUCUGCGUCAGAGAGAGCGAAGAUACGGCGGCCAUUCGGAUUGAAGUAGUAGUUAUCGCUUGUGACGAACGAGUAGAUGCCGUGAGGUGUGAUGUCGAUGUCGGAGUCCGGCUUCUUGAAACAGUCCACGAUGCCCAGAUCCGUCGUCGUCCGCGACACCUUGCAGAUGUCCUACACACCCGCAUACACACGACAUGGUGAUGGUCAAUCAAUGGUAUCUUUGUGUUUCGUAGAAUCAGUCAGUCCGUGAGUCAGUCAUGCAGUAACUGACGGUGAAUGAGGACGACCAGAAGCCAUCGGAAGUGUCACCCCCCUUUCUGUCGGUAUAGAGGAGGGACGUUGGGCCCAGGAGCACUAUUGGGUCGAACAAAGACUGCCUUGCCACGUCUAGCACUGGACCAAAAGGCCCUGACUUGAAGUCGCCUCUGUCGAUGCUUGGCAGGUCGGUGCUUGAGGGAGUCAGGCACACAGCACAGGCAGACACAGCUGGAACGUUGAUCUUCCGUGCCUCUCACCUUUGAUCAGAGUAUGAGUUUUGUAGAGCGAUUGGCCACGCUGUUGUGGCGGGCACCCCAAGCCACACCACAGACAGACGAACCCAUCUUGUCUUGGGGUCCGUGAGUGUAUGCGAGUGCUGAUUGAUUCACUCACCGAAUUUCGCAAGAUUGUCGUUUUGCGGCACCUCUUCGUUGAUUUGUGAGCUGGCAAGGCCGCAGAGGGCCAGCAGAAGUACGAUGGAUGGACGCAUUGGCUCUGGGCAGUAGGUCGAACUUGGUCAAUCUGGUCG